AAUCUAAAUGGUAUAAAAGAUCAUCAAUAUGUCAAUUGAUUUAUUAAAAUAGAAAUAUAAGAUCAGUAAUUAACCAAACAACUAAAACACUAUUACAAAAAUGGCUCCAGUUCGUUACACUAACCCAAACACUGUCUAUUCCAGAAUUCAAGAUGAAGAUGAAGAAGAAGGUUUCUUAACUGUCGCUAAGGAACAUCGUGCUACUUCAAAGGCUCCAGAAUAUUUACCAACCUGGAACAGAAAGGAAAAGUAUGAACCUUUAAAAUUUUAUGAACAUAAAGAUCCUGGUUUAAAAGCUGACCCAGCUUUACCAAACUUAUUAAAAAAGGGUGUUGUGACUACUAAGAACAUCACUCCAAAAUUAGGUACUGAAGUUCGUGGUAUUCAAAUUUCUGAAUUAACUGAAGAAGGUAAGAAUGAAUUAGCUUUAUAUGUUGCUCAAAGAGGUUUAGUUGUCUUUAGAGAUCAAGAUCUUGCUUCAAAGGGUCCAGAAUUUUCUGUUGAAUUUGGUAAACACUUUGGUCCAUUACAUAUUCACCCAACUUCUGGUGCUCCAAGAACUUCUCCUGAAUUACACGUUGUUUACAGACGUGCUGAUGCUAAGAAUCUUUUCGAAAAUAGAAACAACUUAGUUGGUUUCCACUCUGAUGUUUCUUAUGAAUUACAACCACCAGGUACUACCUUCUUUACUGUCGUUGAAGGUCCAGAAGCCGGUGGUGAUACCCUUUUUGCUGAUACUGUUGAAGCUUACAACCGUUUAUCUCCAGCUUUCCAAAAGAGAUUAGAAGGUUUACAUGCUUUACACUCUGGUGUUGAACAAGCUAACUUUUCCAAGAGAAAUGGUGGUGUUGUUAAGAGAGAACCAGUUCAAAAUAUUCACCCAGUUGUUAGAACUCACCCAGUUACUGGUCAAAAGGCUCUUUAUGUCAACUCUGGUUUCACUAGAAAGAUUGUUGAAUUGAAAGAAGAAGAAUCUGAUUACUUAUUAAAUUUCUUAUACAAUCACAUUAACAAUUCUCAUGAUUUACAAGCUAGAGCAAGAUGGGAACCAAACACUGUUGCUGUUUGGGAUAACAGAAGAGUCAACCAUUCUGCUGUUUUAGAUUGGGAUACUGCUGAAACUCGUUUAGCUUACAGAAUUACUCCAACUGCUGAAAGGCCUGUUUAUGACUUAAAAGACUUAAACACUCCAGCUGAAAGUAAGCCUUAUGAAGGUCCAGAUUACAAGAAGGAAGAUUAAACUUCUUUUAAAUAGUUCUUCGUAUUUUUAACUU